CUCCCUUGCUUCCAAUCCUCCACUUCUCAAACUUCUUAUAGUUCUACCACGAUCAUCUUGUAUACAUUAACAGACUACAUCAUGCUCGAUAUACUCAAUCCAUUUUCUGGCCCAUCUGCCACCAGCGAGAUCACAGAAUUACGCAUAUACCCCAUCAAAUCAUGUCGCGGGAUCUCAAUCCAGAAAUCAUACCUUACGAGGCAGGGAUUGGAUCUGGAUAGGAGGUGGAUGUUUGUCGACGCUGAGACUAUGAAAUUCAUCACCAUCCGCGACAUAUCCGAAAUGACUUUAAUCGACACAUCCCUCGACAGUACCUCCGCAAACCUCACAAUAUCCAUCCGCUCCACACCCCAUAGCAUCACUAUCCCUGCACGUCCGUCCCUCAACUGGCUCUCCUCCAACACCACCAUCGCCCAAGUGAACAUCUGGGACUACGAAACAGACGGCUACGUCUACUCUGACAGUAUAAACUCUAUCUUCACGACUUUCUUCUCGAAACCUGUGAAGCUCGUAUACAAAGGCCCCACACCGCGGAUAGUGAGGGGCAAUGGCGCACCGGGGAUAUUGGGGAGGGAAGAAAGCACGAAUUUUCCUGAUGUGAUGCCCUUGCUUAUUGCGAACGAGGCUAGCUUGAGAGAGCUGAAUGGGAGGUUGAAGGAGAAGGGACAUGCUGAGAUUGGGGUCGAGAGGUUCAGGCCAAAUAUCAUCAUCAAGGGAGCUGAUGACUUGGAUCCAAAUUCAACUGUCAAGGGUGGCUUACCAAGCGCAUGGAGCGAAGACAGCUGGAAAACAGUACGGAUCCUACCUCAUGGCGAACAAAAAGCCGGAAUCGCUCAAUCCAUCUUUGGAGGUGGAGGAAACAAACCACUGGAAAUCGAUGUCCAAGCUCGAUGCGCGAGAUGUCAGGUCCCGAAUGUAGAUCCCGAGACGGCGGAGAAAGAUAAGAAGGAGCCGUGGGAUACAUUAGUUAGUUAUCGGAGGGUCGAUGACGGGAUCAAGUGGAAGCCUUGCUUUGGGAUGUUGAGCUGUCCGAGGAAUGAGGGGGAGCUGGAGGUGGGGAUGAGGUUUGAGGUUGUGGAGACAACGGACAAGCAUAAGUACCUGAAAGGAUUUUGAUAUGGGCUUUAACAAUAACACUGAUUGCUCGUUCGGGUCAACAUUUUGGUUAUCAGAGUUGAGAACGAGGAUGAGGCAAUCAAGGUCGCGAAUGAUACGGCAAACGGCCUUGCCCUGUGGUGUUCAUAAAGGAUCUAGUGAGGUGGUCAGUGUUGCGAGGAGGAUUAGCAGUGAUACUGUGCAUAUUAAUUCGAUGACGGUACGUGAUAAGAUGGCAUUGCCACGCGGAGAAGUGAAUGCGAGCGGGUGGUGACGGCUCGGGACGCCGGGUUGAGACGUAGACGAUUUCGUUCUUGAAGUGAGCAGGCAAGAUGGAUCUGAGUUGUGAAACUUCUAACCUGAUGUCUCAAAUUAUUUUGAGAAACGGUUUUCUUAGAGGAUGACAGAGGAGACGGUCUGAUGCAGUGUGGGUAGGUCCUGAAAUGUUCGAGUUUCGAUCCGUCUCCUUCAAGUUAAUCAGCAGACUCUCUCCCUAAGCUGAUGUCUUGGUGAGC